GCUCCAGCUCCGGCUGGGACCUGGCAGAGCCUGCGGGAGCCCAACGGGACCGGGCACCGGGCACCCAGGAGCCCCGACCCCAACUCGGUCCCAAACGCCCACAUCACCCUUUCCCCCCCACCCCCGAACAUGCCCCCUCCCUUACUCUGCGAAGGAAGAGCUCGGGCUACUUUGGGGUGAGGACACCCCAAAACAAACCUCGGCUGGCAGGACAAGGUGACCGAGGGACCCCAGCGGGAGGCAGGAGGGGACAGGAGCAUCAUGGCACACUCCGUCUCAGCCUUCCAGGCUGCCUACAUCUCUAUCGAGGUUCUCAUCGCUUUGGUGUCCGUGCCGGGGAAUAUCCUGGUGAUUUGGGCUGUGAAGAUGAACCAGGCUCUGCGGGAUGCCACUUUCUGCUUCAUCGUCUCGCUGGCGGUGGCUGAUGUGGCCGUGGGGGCUUUGGUCAUCCCCUUGGCCAUCAUCAUCAACAUCGGACCCCAGACAGAGUUCUACAGCUGCCUCAUGGUGGCCUGUCCCGUCCUCAUCCUCACUGAGAGCUCCAUCCUGGCACUCCUGGCCAUCGCUGUGGAUCGAUACCUGCGGGUGAGGAUCCCCAUCAGGUACAAGAGCGUGGUGACCCCCCGUCGGGCAGCAGUGGCCAUCGCUGGCUGUUGGAUCAUCUCCUUCCUGGUGGGCCUCACCCCCAUGUUUGGCUGGAACAACCUGAGCAAGAUGAGGAGGACUCAGGAGCUCAACUCCAGCCACACCGAGUUCGUCAUCAAGUGCCAGUUCGAGACGGUCAUCAGCAUGGAGUACAUGGUCUACUUCAACUUCUUCGUCUGGGUCCUGCCCCCCCUCCUGCUGAUGCUGCUCAUCUACCUGGAAGUCUUCAACCUCAUCCGCAAGCAGCUCAACAAGAAAGUCUCCUCCAACUCCAGCGACCCCGAGAAGUAUUACGGGAAGGAGCUGAAGAUCGCCAAGUCCCUGGCACUCGUCCUCUUCCUCUUUGCUCUCAGUUGGCUCCCCCUGCACGUCCUCAACUGCAUCACCUUGUUCUGCCCCUCCUGUGAGACCCCCCACAUCCUCACCUACAUCGCCAUCUUCCUCACCCACGGAAACUCAGCCAUGAACCCCAUCGUCUACGCCUUCAGGAUCAAGAAGUUCCGGACAGCAUUCCUGCAGAUCUGGAACCAGUACUUCUGCUGCAAAGCCAACAAAAACAUCAGCAGCACCACGGCUGAGACGGGCAACUGAGAGCUGGGGCAGAGCAGAGAGAGGUCCCUGUGCCCACCCCCUCCCCAUCUGCUGAUGGUCCCCACCUGGGGAUGGGGCAGCGGGGUCUGGGGGGGCUGAGUUCACCCACCCUGUGUCCCCCACCUGUCCCGGGGGGUUAUUUAUUCACAAGCAUCGUACUGUUUUGAUAUUGUAGCCUGCUCUGUUCCUUUCCCGGGCUGUAUUUUUUUUUUAAUUAUUAUUUUAUUUUCUGUUUGUUUUUGUUUUUAAUUUUUUUAAAGGUUGCCAAGUAUUUAAGGAGAAAUUGUACAGACAAAGGCGCAGUUUAUCUUCAUGCAAAUAAAGUCAAAUAAUU